AUGUCACCUGGUGAAGACAAAAGGAAGAAAAUUUUCAUAAAAUUAUCGAGGUCUGUUCAAGAGGUCUUUUGUGCUCAGCCGUUCCGUCGGUUUCUACAUAGUUUCUGCUUUUUCGGAGACGAAUUUGAGCUCUGGCUUUUUGAUCGAUCGGGUGCCUACAGCGCAGGACCAAAAAAGAUUGUUGAUGACAAGGAGAUGUUGGUCCGAGCAAUAAGCUCAUAUCUUCUGAUGAGCAGUGAAGAACUCGGCUGCGACAUGUCUAUCCUCCAGAAUGGAGAAGAUAGAUUUGUCCAGUUCCCCAAAAUUGGUGAUGUUUCAGGUCCAUUGUUUGAGAUCAAACCUGAACCUAUAGUACAACCAACGAGGCUAAUAACUCGAGGUACAACCUGCUUUGAAACGAAGGAUGAAACGACGAUGAUCAAGUACUCGUGGACUAGUUCGAAAGAAAAUACCGAGAUUGACUUCCUGAACAUGGCCAAGACUGUGCAAGGUGUCUGGGAUUUAAGAGCUGACGAUAAGUAUAUCUCCGAAGGCCAUAACACAAGUGAUUCAACAACUGUUUCCUACGAGAGAAACCGUCGACUUAUUAGAAUAGCCAUGACACCAAGCGGCCGGACAAUCUAUUCCAGUGGGUCGAUUCUUGAUUUUGUGGCGGGCAUUCGAGAUGCCAUCAAGGGUCAUGAGGGACUGGUGGGUAAAGAGAUACUCCGUGGAGAUAUCUCUGAAGGGAAUAUAAUUUUGCUGAAGCCAUCUCCAGCCAACGACUUACAUGGUAUGUUGAUUGACCUCGAUCACUCGGUUAGGAUGAAAGGAAAUUUGGCCUUGGAAGAGAGACAGUCCUUGACGGGAACUUUAAAAUUAAUGGCGCUUGAGAGAUUGGAGCACGCUCGUGAUACAGGAAAGUCUAUCAGACGCACUUGUCGUCAUGACCUGGAGUCAUUUUUCUAUGUGUUCAUUAUUGGAUGCAUAGAAUAUGAAGAAAUAUCUGCGGACAAAGCUAAGAAUCUAGAUCGUUGGUGCACAAACGAGGUGGAAAACAGCUUCUCGAACAAAAGAGAUAGCGUCGUACAUUUUGACGAAAUUCUCAUCAAAUUUACGGCCAGUUUCAAAGGGUAA